AUGAUGAAUGAGAGGUGGACGAUAAUGAUGAUGCAGCUUGUGCUCCUGAAUACGGUGAUUGUGAUCCCGAAUAUGACAAUAGCUAAGAGGGCGAUGACGAAGAACGAAAUUGAUGUCCUGCGAAUGACAGUUGUGGCGAGGAAGUGGACAAUUGUGCUGGAGAUGGAGACCGUGAAGAUGGAGAUGUCGGAUCACUGUGACCAACCGAGGUCGGCCGAGGAAAAGUCUGCCUAUGACUACAUAACGUUAGUGCGAAACGAAUUCAUUGGAUGGUCCCUGGUCCAAGCCACUAUGUCUGUAAUACAUAAUAUCGUGAAGCGAAACCAGAAGAUAGACCUAAUAAUCAGCAGCAUGGAGGAGGAUAUAAUCGUGGCGAGAGUUCUAGCAAAAGGAAUCAAGGAUUUGCGCAACAUGCAGUGUUUGCAAAGCAAGGCUCAACUUCAAUGUUCACUAUUGUUCACGGCUGAUUGGCCAACCCACAAGUGGAAUUACGGCAAGCAGGUUGCAUCAAAAGACCAUAACGGAACUGCUGUGGGAGGUAUCCCGACAGGUCCAGAUGGCAAAAUCAACGUCACCUCAAUCGGCAUCGAUAAACCUCAGUAUGAGCACUCUCCUGUAUUACGGCGCCAGGUUGGGAUGCUUGAGAAAUACAAGGAUGUCGACUACUUCCUCUGGGAUUCCGCGGGUUUCAUGCUUCCAUUUGCCAUCCGGACGACUCCGGUAAUGAAGGCGCUCCUUCUGCGCAAAAAAGCAAUGUCAGUGACCAGCAAGAGAGGCUUAAGAACCAAUGGCAGAGUACCUGCUCGAGAAGGCAUCAGACUUACCUAG